AUGCUGGAAGCGAGAUGCGCAACUGCAGCCGUCGCGCUGUCUGGCGGACGUGUAUUCGUGUUCGGCGGCUGGAACGGCAAAUCCUCUCUUGUCUCCGUCGAAUGCUGUCACCUUCAGACUGACUGGUCCCGAACUAUUGAGACAGCCAGGACGGAGGUGUUUUGGCGACCGCUGGAGUCAAUGGGGACGCCUCGGUACUUUCACGCAGCGGUGUCCUUCAAGCGAAAGAUACUAAUUGCUGGCGGUUACCGCCGAGACGAAACCAAUCAACGCAUUGUACAAAGUGUCGUGGAGGUUUUUUCUCCGCCAAAUGCGGAACGUCCACGUGGCGAGUGGACGCGGGUUGCGGAUCUGCUAGUACCGCGACAGGGGCUGGUCCUCCUAGUUAUAAAAGACGGACUUUACGCUUUGGGUUAG